UUUUUAAAGUUGUUUUCCACAGAUAGUCGUUUUGAGGAUGCGCAUGCCCAAUGCAAUUAUAGCUAACGGCCAGGCCUAGCGUAAAACCGAUGACUGUUUUAUUUGCUGUUUACUAUUUCCGUUAACUUUGUAAUGGUUGAAUAGGGAGAUGUCGUUUUUUCGGUUCAUACUAGGCGUUUUAGUCGCACUUUGCCACCUGAGCCAGUUAAGUAACUUGGCUUAACAUGAGUCAGCAUUUUGAGGCGUCGCGUGCGAGAUGAAGCGUUCAGGCUGAGCGUGAAAGAACCAUGACGCUCCAAGCUCCUCGCACAUCGGUGUUCACCUUUCAGUCGGCCGUGCACAGCACGCUGAUUCUCCAGAGCCUGAAUGAGCAAAGGCAGCAGGACGUCCUGUGCGACGUGACGCUGGUGGUGGAGGACAGGAGCUUCCGGGCCCACUGCGCCAUUUUAGCUUCAUGCAGCGAAUACUUUCGAAGUAAAGUCACAGGAGUGAACAGACAGAAUCCCAUCAUCACCUUACCUGAAGAGGUGACCGUGGAAGGGUUUGAACCUUUGCUUCAGUUUGCCUACACAUCUCAGCUGCUUUUCACCAAAGAAAACAUCAACGCUGUUCAAACCAGCGCCCGUUUUUUAGGAUUUCACAACGUGGAGACAGCCUGCUUUGACUUUCUGAUCCCUAAGUUUUCAGAGGAUAAGAGAAGCUCUGAGAGGCUCAGGCACCGACCAUGUUGUCAAAGUUGGCAGCAGAGCGCCAACUUUGGGUCCGGGGUGGACGGCAACCACGCCAAGUCUCUGGAGUUCCAGAGCUCAGCGCCUCUGGGAGGAGAAGCGCAAACCGACUUUGCGUUGCAGUGCGGCGGCAACACGCGUGGGCAGACAAACGGCGGGGAGGAGCGCUUUGAUUUAGAGAACUGUGAGUCACAAAUUGCUCCUUUAUCUCUGGAGCUGGCAGCAAAUGGUGUCUGCCCCAUGUUGCCUCUGUCAUGCCCAGGCUCUGACAAGGCAGAUCAGCCUCAGUUUUGCGAGAGUGACAUAUUGCAGAUGGGAGACGCCUGCAAUCAAAGUGAGCCGACCAUGGCUGGUUGCGGCUUUCGUUGUGAGCUGUCAGAACCACGGAUUGUGGAUCCUUCCGAAAUCGCUGAACCAGCAAGUGGAGAUAAUGAACAAACUGUUGAAAUACUUGGUGCUCAAACUGCCUUCAACCCAGCCUCAUGUCUGCUUAGGACAUCAGUGGUUGAAGAUUGUGCUGCAAUUUUAGAGCAGAGUGAGGCUCCCCCCGAGCAGAGCGAUUCCUCAAAUCCUGCUUCAACACACAAAGAUGACCGGAGCCGAGUGGAGAGAGAGGUGGCUGAACAUCUCGCUAAAGGCUUCUGGUCUGAUUUGUGCCCAUCUCAGCUUCCACAAAACUCCCAUGAUCCAAUGGACCAAAACAAUCUGGCAAAGGCGUCGGAUUUCCUCUGGCUGAAGCAGCUGGAUCUCACUUCCAGUGUAGGAGACUGUCCCUUUCUCAGGGAACUUGAGACAGGCGAUAACCCCGCCACAAACACGGACAUCUUGUCCCACGAGGAGAUAAGUCCCUGCAUGUCCUCCUCCCUCAACUCAGCUGAGGAAUCUGAAAUGGACACAGACGGGGAUACCGAGGCCAACAACAAAAGAGCAGCAGAGAUUCAGCUUCCGUUUCCUGUUAAGCAAAUCUUGGAACUGAGCCGGAGUGGGUUCCAGCAGCUUUUGAGGGACCACCAGCUGACCCAAGAGCAGUUUGAGUUUGUCCACGACAUCCGACGCCGGAGUAAAAACCGCGUGGCGGCACAGCGCUGUCGAAAGAGGAAACUUGACGGCAUCCAGCAGCUUGAAUGUGAAAUCAAAAAACUGAUCAGCGAGAAAGACCGGCUUCUGCUGGAGCGAACGGAGCUAAAGCAAAAUCUGGAGGAAAUGCAACAGAGCCUGUGUGGCCUCUGCAAGAGUGUCAACAUCGAGUUGGGCUCAGAUCAGAAUCACUUAUUUUCUUCUCCAGACUUUCCCUCCUCCUCCUCCUCCUCCUCCUCAAGUCUUCAGGAAAAAAACAAGCAGUUGCAGAUCCCCCCUAAAACGGUGAGUUCUUCCUCAGAGUGCGGUGGAGUUGAGGUACCGUCAGACUCGGCUCCUCCUGCUGCUCCUCAGGUCUGCACAGAGGAUCCGCGCUACCCUUCCGCGUCUUUGCUCAGUGCCUGUAUGGACACGACUAACGGCUUAUAACGAUCUUCGGUUCCAUUCUUAUUGCAAGUCAUGCAGGAUCAUGAAGCAACCUGUUACUCUUUCACUUUAUACUGUAACCCAGUCACCUUGUGAAUUUCACAACACAUUUCAGGCUAAGAGAUGCUUGAUUACUUGGCACAAAAAAGGUCAAUAUCCAUCCUCAAAUGUGUUUUAUUUCAUUUUAUUUUUCGUCUUUAUUCUCUGGGACAAACACAAAAGUCUGGUUUCAAAAAUUUGACGGAAAUUAAUUCACUUUUCAUUCAGAAAUUUGUAUUCCUGGUGGUUAGUUUUUCUCAGGGAAACAAAAAACUAAAACAGACUACAUUUUACAUGUAAGUGCACAAUCACCACACUCUUGCAUGUACACCCUCAUGUGACAACUGUAUAAUAGUAUUUUGUUUUUUUGUUUUUUUACUUAACCAAUAUGCUUCUUAAAAAAUGUGAGCAAAACUAAUUUGUCUUCAUUAGUUAAUGUUUUGCCACUGUUACCUUUUAAAGAGUAUUAUUUUACUGCGCAUUUAUAGUAUAAGUGGCUUUCUUUUGAGUUUUUUCAAAUGGUUCAAGAUUGUGUAAAAUGUGAAAAGAUAGCAUAAAACAUUGUGUUAUGUGAUUGAAAAUGUGCCUUAAGCUGCCGUAGACUAUAAAUCACUGGUGCACAUUAACCUCGAGCUAACUUUAAUGGCAUUAUCCAACAUCUAGAUAUUUCUGCAUGUUAAUUAUCUUUUUAUUUUAAAUAAAAUUAUUAUUUUUUAAACUGUUACAAUUUAA